GUCAGCUGUCAAACGAUCGAAACUACGAUUUUGGUCCACAUGGUAGUUGAUAUGUUUUAAUUUAAAGGAUAUUACACUUUAACAUGGAUUUUAUCAUUGAUACCGUCGGAGACGACGAUCUCCAAGUUAAAACAGAAUUAUUAAAGGAAGAGGAUAAACUUUUUAUAGACACAGAGAGUAGAAUCGAAGAUAUCUUAAAUCUAUUUGAAAAGAAACGUGAAGAUUUAGAUAAGUUAGAAAUAGAGGAAGAAGAAGUACAAAAUAAGAUAAAAGGCCUUAAAAUAGACGAUGUUUUCGAAGAUUUCUUUGAUGAAAUGGGAUGGAACAGAUCAAUUAUUAUGAAAAAAGAGAAGAUAAUCAAGAAGUUUCAUUUCGAUCAAUUGGACAUUGAAACUGGCAAACUUAAAUCCAAUUUGGGAUCAGUUGAUGUUGACAAAGAAAUGCAGAAAUCAGUAUUGCAACCAGGAAUAGAGAAGGCACACCGUUUGCCUCGGUAUGAUAUAAGUGACAAGAGAUUAAGAGCACAAAGAAAGAAACAACGAGAAAAGACAAAGGGACCAGGAUGGUUUAACAUGAAAGCACCAGAGAUAAAUGAAGACUUGAAGAAUGAUUUACAAGUUUUAAAAAUGAGAUCUGUCUUGGAUCCUAAACACUUUUACAAGAAAAAUGAUAUGGAAGUUCUCCCGAAAUAUUUCCAGGUUGGCAGAGUUGAGAAUUCUGCGUUAGAUCAUGUCAAUGAGAGAAUGACAAGAAAACAAAGAAAGAGAACUAUGGUAGAAGAAUUAUUAGCAGAUGCGGAAUUCCAGAAGUACAAUAAGAAGAAAUACAAGGAGAUAUUAGAUGAUAAGAGGAAAUCUGAAUACAGAACAUUCAUGAGAGAUAAGCGUCAGAAGAAUAAAUCAGAAUUAAAAAAGAAUAAAUUAAAAGGCAAGAAAUCACGUAGCUGAAAUAUAGUGUUUCUAAUUUCAAA